AACGUUGGUUUCAUUGACCAACAGAGAAAUACUAUUGCAACCAAAAAUAAAGCACACACUUUCACUAACCUUUUCAAAACCUUUUAAGAAAAGCCAUGCAGUUUGUUUCACAUCCAUGGAGAAUAAAUGUGUUAAAUUAUUAUUACAAAUGCAUCAGAAGACCAGAGAAAUAAUACAAUUCAUUGAGAGAAACCAUUCAUAAUUAUUAUUAGGCAUAAAAAGGCUGUAAAAAGCACAAGACGGAGAACUGAGAAUACAGAGAUUCAAGAAAUAGCAAAAUUUCAUUGAACUGAAUCAGUUCAGAGUGACUUUACUCUAAAUAUAGAGGUAACAUGACGUUCAACGGUAGUUUCAAAAUCCUCAUUACGAACCACUUCUGUGGAAAAUCGCCCUCCUCUUCACAGCUGCAGCAUGUGCUGCUUAACCACCGACGUCCAACACACUCAUUAUGAGCACUAGCUGCCACUCGACUACUAGUUCAUACUAAAAACCUGAUACAAUCCCUAUAGCUAACACAGAAUGGAGCAACUCAACAAACUCACGGCUCCUGCUACUGUUAAACUUAGGCAACUCCAAAAAAUGGUUCAAGAUAUAAAAAAGAAUGACGACAGCCUUUUCAACAGAUUAAAAAGGUUUCAGACCGAACAAACGGCUAAUAUUCUCAAAACCGGGAGAAGUACGCUGGACCGAAUAAAGAAGAAAGGACCUCCAAAAGUACCAGCAAGAGACUAUCAAGGCGAAGCUCCGGAUACUGAGAAGUACUCUGAUUCAGAUUUUGACAGUGACCCAUAUGAGGACCCACAGGGCGAGCAUGACGACAGCUAUGAGCCUCCACCGAGGUCAGAAGGUCACGGUGUGAAGCCCUUUACCGUCGGCCCGUCCAUUACAAACCCCAGAGGAGAGUAUGUGGACAGCUGUCGUGGUCGGCCGGCAAAACCAAACACUCCUUUCCAUCUGCAACAGAGGCACAAACCCCCGCGACCGACCCACCGCAGUCUGGCAGAGGAAGAUGAUGGCGAUUACAUUGAGCCAGAGGACGAAAUGGAUGAAGAUAAUUACAUUGACCCCACUGAGAAAACACUAACAAAGCCGGCGGUUAACAGAGGGGUCAAACCUUUUGUGCCUACUCGAGGAAACGGUCCGGAUUUCUAUGAGGUUCCUGACACGAAGGAGAAUUCACAGUCUAAGAAAAGAAGUAAUGCGACCCUUCAGCCGAACACGCAGAUGGUGCCCCCUAAAGCCAGUCCACGAAUGCACACCAGAAGGCCAAUAUUGACUUCAGAAAAAUCAGAGGACGAGUAUGAGGUGUGUGACGCAGAUGACAGUGUUAACGAAAGACCCGAGGAGACCACAGAUGCCCGGAGAACAUCAUUACCGACACCUCGACCUAGAGACCUGAAGAAACCAAAUCCUGCUUCAAUGCCGGUACACACUCAAUUAUCUUCAUGUCAUGAAUUAUUUCAAAUCAAAACAUUUUCUGAAAAUACUCAUCCAUUAUUGCAGAAACCAAGCAUUCCUCAAAGAGAGAGUGAAGUCUCAUCAACUAAAACCGCACCGCUAGCUAUAUCACGAAGCCCACCGGACACCAUGGUGAACCCAUCGCCAACAGGGUUCCAUCGAGCCAAGAUGCCUCUGCCUCGACAGCUUCCCUCCCAGAGCAGAGGGACGUUGCCUUCAGAGAGCAGAUCAGCUAGAGAUGCUGAGGAGGAAGCUGGUGUGUAUAAAAAGGUUUGGUAUGCCAGCAGCUGUGACCGCAAGACAGCAGAGGACGCUCUCAUACGCUCAGCUAAGGAUGGGUCUUUUCUGCUCAGGAAGAGCUCUGGUGUAGAUGCACAGCAGCCGUACACCCUGGUGGUGUUUUACAACAGCAGAGUUUACAACAUCCCUGUCCGCUACAUCGCUUCCAACAAACAAUAUGCUUUGGGGAAAGAAAAACAAGGAGAGGAGCGUUUCAGCAGCGUUUCUGACAUUAUUGAGAACCACCAGAAGAAUCCUCUAGUGCUGGUCGACUCGCAGAGCAACACCAAAGACUCCACCAAACUCAGGCAUGCAGUGAAGCCAUGAAACAACAAGAGCAUGAAUCUGAAUUUGCUGCAGCCUGACAAAUAUAACUGUACUGACAUUCAACUGUGUGACAGUUUCACAUCUUACCUUAAUAAUAGAUGAUGGAAACACAUCCACGCUUGCAAAGCUAGGUCUUGCUGCUACUUUUAUAACUUAUUUUACUAAAUGACAGGUAAUGGGCAGUUCGCACAGGACGCGCUCGUUCUUUCGAAAACAGCAGCGUAGCAGAAUGAAAACAACGCGCGCGCUAUUUUUUAUUUGACGCGGUGUGCAAGAACGCGAGACGCCGAAGCGGUGCAACGGUGAAAGAAGUCCGAGUUGCGCAUGUUUACACAGAGAAAUGAUUUAAAAAUACAGCAAAACAGGUUCUGUGCAAACCAUCCUGAAAAAGCAGAGAAAAGAGUGAUGUUAAGCCUAUAUGAAGAAGGUACAGUUGUACAGUUUAUGUUUGUGUUGUAUAAACAUUUUGUUUUACCAUGGUGUGUGCAGUGAAAAAUAAAUAUGAAACUUUUUACUUAA